CUGGUACUGGCAAAUCAUAUAUAAUACACAUUUUGUUAGAUUAUUUUCAAAAAUCUAAUCAAAACUGUCUUCUUAUGGCUCCAACCGGAAUUGCUGCCCAAAACAUUGGUGGUUCCACUAUCCACUCUGCCCUACGAAUUAUUCGUAAUGAAUUCGGCUUCCGUACACUUACAUUCAGAGAUCCCAACCACAUGAAUUCCCUCUCCCAAAUAAACACUAUCAUCAUUGAUGAAAUUUCAAUGGUAUCAGGUCAACUUCUGACCUUCAUCUCAGAAUUAUUCGAAUCAUUACAUAAGAACAAUUACCCGUUCGGAGGAAUUAACGUUAUCUUAGUCGGUGACUUAGCACAACUACCUCCAAUUAGCGGUUCUCCCGUUUACCAAUCACCCUUGUGGAAACUUUUUUAUCCAUUAUUUCUUCGCGAGCCUCAAAGGCAAAUUGAAGAUAUAGAAUUUUACAAUCUUCUACAAAAAAUUAGACUAGGAAACAUCGACAACCAAAC